AUGGGUGGCAAUUCCUACCGCCUGUUUCAGUGGCUAAUGGAUACUAGGCGGGUGGCAGAGCUUGAAGAGAAAAUCGACAAGCUGACGAAUCUCUUGACUGCCGACCAAUCUCCCCAAGAGCAACCAAACCGACCAGAUGUUACCAUCAACCAUCACUCGCUACCAACUCCACCCUUGUCAGUUGGUCUUGACUCAAGGCCACUGACUACCGCCACGGGUGGGAGCUGCGCAUCUGCCGGAAACAUCAAUCAAAAGGGUAAGCCUUGCAUUGAUGAAGAUGCCGUUUGGCAGACGGAUAUCAAAUCUAUCUUCCGCACGACGGUACCGCCGGUAGUAGAGGAAAGGCUCUUUAGUGAUUUUCGCACCACUUUCAACCGGUAUUUCCCUUAUGUCGUUAUCCCACCUCAUGAAACCACUGCCUCGAUUCGCAAAGAGAAACCGUUCCUCUUCCGGACUUGCGUCUCUGUAGCUUGUCACGCGGAUCCUGUGACACAGUCGCAGUUAGCUGAAGAGCUCCUACGCUACAUCGGCGAACGAAUGUUGAUCAAGUCAGAGAAGUCGCUUGAUAUCCUUCAGGGUCUGCUGGUGUUCAUUUCUUGGUAUCAACACUACAAUCAUUACAACCAGCAAAUGAUGAAUUUGCUCCACCUUGCAUCAGCCAUGACCAUCGACCUGGGUCUCAAUCGACCGACUUACUCAGGACCAUGGCCUCCCAUUGGUAUGGUGGUUGACACCCAUCAGCUGAUCCAUGGAAAACCGCUUUGCCCGGGGGUGCAAACUUCUGAUGAGCGACGGGCGCUUCUUGGACUUUACUUUUUCCAUGCGAGGCUCUCCGCAUGCUUCUCCAGGAUUGAUUUUAUGCAGUGGACACAGCACAUCGAAGAUUGUUGUACCUCGCUGCUUACCUCCUGUGAAUACCCUUCCGACGUCGAAGCUGUUCAAGGCGUCCGACUAACCCGACUUCUGGAACGAUAUUCACCUUACACUGGCGCUAUCUCUUUGAAGAAUGUACCCAUCAAAACUUUCGUAGACUGUUUCCAGGAAGAUCUACAUCGCGUUAAGCGGGAGUUUCCUGCCAAUCUUGCCCAUGAUCCCAUCUUCCAGAUGCAGAUUUACGAUGCCGAAUUGACAAUAUAUGAAACUGUUGCAGCGUCGGAACGAGAUGCGCCACUGGAACGAGCUGAAGCUCUGCACGCCGCACUUGGAACUAUUGACAACCUCAUUGGCACCUUCGCAAAGGUGUCAGCAGGCUCAAUACCUCAACUGCCGUUCCUAUCGUGGAUCUAUGUCCUCCACUGUUACAUUGUCCUCGCAAAACUCUCGUUCCUUGUUGUAGACGGCUGGGAUCUACAAUACGUUAGAACAGGAAGAAUUAACUUCCCGGAAAUGAUCUCUCGCAUUGUGGAAGUACUCGAGGCUGCAGUACGACAUAGUAUGGGCGAAAAGCUGAGGCCAAAUGCUAUCUCUGCACGUUAUACUAAGUAUGCAGAGAAGAUGCGCGCAUGUUCUAAGUGGUACAACAGUAAGCUCAAAGCAGAGACCGAGUCGUCUGUUGAUGAUCUGGGCUCCGCCCUGCCAGCCUUGGACUCUACAUUCGAAGGCUUCUUCGAAGGAUUCAAUGAUGGUUUCUGGACCGAUAUCAGUAUGGACUGGGCAGGCACAGGAAUGCAACUGUGA